UUUUUUUCCAGUCUCUAUGCUCCUUGUAUUGUGCGACUCUUUUAUUCGGCUUUCCUAAGGAAAUUAGCGUUUUUCAUAUAUAAUUAGUAAUUAAAUAGAGUCCUCGGAGUUAGCCAACAUGGGGAGCGCACUAGAAAACUUUGUUAAUCAAGUGCGCACGAUGAGCGCGUCCGGCAGCUUCAGGGAGCUGGCCGACGAUCUGCCAGAGUCGGUGUCGCUUUUGGCCCGCAACUGGAGCAUACUGGACAAUGUGCUGGAAACGCUCGACGUGCAACAGCAUACGCUGGGCGUGCUCUAUGUGCUACUGGCGAAACUGCACAGCGCGGCGACCGCCAAUCCGGAGCCCGUGCAAAUCAUUCAGCUGAUGCGCGACUUUGUCCACCGCAACAAUGUGGAGCAACUGCGAUUCGCCAUAUGCGCCUUCUACGAAACUUGCCAUUUGUUCACGGACUAUCUUGUCCAGAAGAACCUAAGCAUUCUGGGCAUCAAAAUCAUGGCGCGGGCCGUUGACCAGAUCCGCCAAAUAGACUCACAGCUAACCCCCAUACAUGCCGAUCUCUGCCUGCUGAGCCUGAAGGCGAAAAACUUCAAUCUGGUGCUGACCUACUUGGAUGGAGACAUCACCGACAUCUCCACGGCGGCCGCCGAGUGCAAGACCCAGCAACAGCAGCAGUCUCAGCACACGGUGGACGCUAAUAACGAUGCCAAGUACUUUCUGCUGUUCUACUACUACGGCGGUAUGAUCUACACGGCUGUGAAGGACUAUGAUCGUGCCCUGUACUUCUUUGAAGUGUGCAUCACAACCCCGGCCAUGGCCAUGUCGCACAUUAUGCUGGAGGCGUACAAAAAGUUUCUCAUGGUUUCGCUCAUCGUAGAGGGCAAUAUAGCGUUUAUACCAAAAAACACACAGGUUAUUGGCCGCUUCAUGAAGCCAAUGGCCAGUCACUAUCACGAUCUGGUUAAUGUGUACGCGAAUUCCUCUAGCGAGGAGCUGCGCAUCCUCAUCCUCAAGUACAGUGAAGCAUUUACGCGUGAUAGCAACAUGGGUCUGGCCAAGCAGGUAGCCACCUCCUUGUACAAGCGAAACAUUAAGCGGCUCACGAAAACCUUCUUGACGCUCUCCCUUAGCGACGUUGCCAGUCGUGUGCAGCUGUCCGGUGCAGCGGAGGCAGAACGCUACAUCCUGAACAUGAUAAAAUCGGGGGAAAUAUACGCAAGCAUCAAUCAAAAGGACGGCAUGGUUUUGUUCAAAGACGAUCCAGAGAAAUACAACUCACCGGACAUGUUCCUAAAUGUACAAACGAACAUAACGCAGGUUCUGGAUUUAGUUAAACAAAUCAAUAAAAUGGAAGAGGAGAUCAUAUUGAACCCUAUGUAUGUGAAAAAGGCUCUGGGCAGCCAAGAAGAUGACCUAACGUCGCAGCACCCAAAGACCUAUUCAGGCGAUCCCACAGAUUGAUGAUACCACCGCAGCAGCAAACACCCCCCAACCAGCAGCUGGGAUCACAAUCCCUGUUGACUGCCAUUAAACGUAUGCUCAUCCAGGUCCCCCAACAACCCAAUGAGAUAUCCCCACUCAUGUCGGAGAUGCAAGCAAGGCCCUGGGCCAACGAGGAGCUGCACAGGCCAGCACUCAUCCUCAGCUUCAGCAGCCAACAACUGAAACUGCGCUCCAAUUGCAACAUUUAUAGAUGAACAUGCUAUUUUAAAUAAACUAUGUAUAAAUCUAUGACUAAGCCAGGGGGGCCUACAGCAGCUCUCCCCUCUACUACACUCUA